AUGGGCGAUGUUCCUCCAGACAAGGUCAAAUCACCCCCCGCGGCUGAACAAACAACCUCGAAACCGAAUCCUCCUGCCUCUGGAUCACAAGGAAAUGGGAACGGCGGCACUAUCAGUGGCCAUUCGCGAUCAACUCUGGUCAAUCAGCCCCCGGCAUCAGGACCAGGAUACACCGCGCAUGGAAGAUACGGGCCCCCCUCGUCCUUAAAUAUGGGAAACAUGGCCUACUCCCUACCCGGUCACCAUUCUCAAUCGUCGCCGUUUGAGCCGCAUCUUGUACACCAAUACAAUUCAUCCCCGCACGCGCAAGCAAUGAUGUACUCUAUUCAGUCCAUGGGUCAUUAUCCUGGGGCACCUGGCGGUGGCGUUCCUUACGGUAUUCCCUAUGCCCCAGCAUAUGCACAUUACCCAGCACAUCAACUUGGACCAGCGCAGUAUAGUUCUGGCCCUUACUAUGGUGGACAUUCGCCAAUGCAUAACGUGGGGACUAACCAGGGGCAUGUAUAUGCAGGCAGUUAUUACGCACAUACAUAUCCUGGGACUUAUGGACCACCGCAAACGGGCCCCAUGCCACAGAAUCGAACACAAUCGCGCCCGGCAUCGAAAGAAUACCCCAAGGCAAACUUUAAUAUACCAAAAAAGGAAACUGAGCGGCGAGGAGAUGCGGAGUAUGAUGUUACGAAGACGAUAGUGGACGGCUCCAAUCCGUCUAGAUUGACAUCGGAGCCGUCUUCUGCGAUUGAGGUUGGAUCUCUGCCACCGACUUCGGUCCCUAGCACACCGCGAGGACCUCCAAGGAAGCCGAAACAGUCCGGACACGCACUUUGGGUUGGGAACCUUCCACCGGGGGCGAAUGUGCUCGACCUCAAGGAUCACUUCUCCCGGGAGGCGACGGACGAUAUCGAAAGCGUGUUUCUGAUAUCUAAAAGCAAUUGUGCAUUUGUGAAUUAUAAGACUGCCGCUGCUUGUGCUGCGGCGCUGACGAGAUUCCACGACUCUCGCUUCCACGGCGUUCGGCUUGUAUGUCGAUUACGCAAAGGGUUUACUGUCCCUGGAUCUGGAUCCACGAUGGCUGCUACUACUGCUCGCCACCGCAUGGAAGAAGCAGAACCUUCUGGAGAGGAGUCUAGGGGGGUGGAUUCAUCAACCACUCGACCGGAGGAAGCCAGUGGACAUUCUGCGGAUCGGUACUUUAUUGUGAAAAGUUUAACGGUCGAGGAUUUGGAACUCAGCAAACAGAGUGGCAUUUGGGCCACCCAAAGUCACAACGAAGUGAAUCUGAACCGUGCUUUUGAGACAACUGACAAUGUAUAUUUGAUCUUCUCUGCAAACAAGUCUGGAGAAUACUUUGGAUACGCUCGUAUGCUGUCCCCGAUUACUGACGAUGAGGAUCUUACGCUUCAAGUCCCUCCACGCCCAGAACCUACCCUCGCAGGUAACGACGAUCUCGAAAUGACGCCGACCGCCGCAACCGCCACCGCUCCUCGAGGCCGAAUCAUCGACGAUUCUGCGCGCGGUACCAUCUUCUGGGAGGUGGAAUCUUCGGAGGGAGAGAACGACGAGGUCCGCAGCGAGAAAAGUGUGGAGGCACCCGACGAUUCCGAAAUCGAGCCUCAGUCAUUUGGCAAACCGUUCAGAAUCGAAUGGCAAUCGACCGAGAGAGUACCUUUCCACCGCACACGGGGUCUCCGGAACCCGUGGAAUGCCAAUCGCGAGGUGAAGAUCGCUCGCGAUGGCACCGAGAUCGAACCGACCGUUGGCCGAAAAUUAGUACAGCUGUUCCACCAGAGUUGA